ACUCCGAAAAGAGAUAAUGGAUAAGUGAUAUUUCCCUAUAUAAAUUAAACUCUGUGUGUGGUCUAGCAGUAUAAGUACCUACGCCAUGAAGCUCCCUUUGCUAUUUUUGUGCUGUACAAUAGCACUGACGAGAGCUGCAGUGAAGCACAGCCGAACAUUUCCCAAAGACUUCAUCUUCGGCACCAGCACUGCAGCUUAUCAAAUCGAGGGAGCCUGGAAUUCAGAUGAUAAAAGCGAGAAUAUCUGGGACUAUUUGACUCACACCAAUCCGGGUGCAAUCGAUGACCGAAGCACUGGCGAUGUAGCGUGUGACUCCUUCAACAACUAUAAGCGCGACGUGGAGAUGAUGAGGGAGCUGGGCAUCGACUCGUACCGCUUCUCGGUGGCGUGGUCGCGCAUCCUGCCCAACGGCCUGGCGGACCGCGUCAGCGAGGCCGGCAUCGCCUACUACAACAACGUCAUCGACGAAGUGCUCAAGUACAACAUUCAGCCGAUGAUCACGCUCUACCACUGGGACUUGCCGCAGAAGCUGCAGGACAUGGGCGGCUUCCUCAACCCUCUCAUCGUCGACUGGUUCGCAGACUAUGCCCGGGUCGUGUUUGACAACUUCGGCGAUAGAGUCAAGACUUUCAUCACAUUCAACGAGGCGGCGCAAGUUUGUUACGAAGGCUAUGGUUCUGUGACGAAGGCCCCCUUGUUAAAUUUAACGGGAAUUGGUGAAUAUAUUUGCGCAAAGAAUCUUGUCCUUGCUCAUGCCAAGGCGUACCAUAUUUAUAAUAAUGAGUUCAGGGCCAAACAAGGGGGACAGUGUGGCUACACCAUCGCUGCCGGUGCUUCACUACCUCUCACGGAUUCUGAUGAAGAUCGCCAUGCCGUGGAAUUAUUCAUACAGUUUCAGUGGGCAUUAUACACCGAUCCCAUAUUCUCGAAAGAGGGUGGAUUUCCGAAAGAGCUAACAGAGCUUGCAGCCAAAAAGAGCGCAGCGCAGGGCUACCCCAGAUCUCGUUUGCCCGACUUUACGGAAGAGGAGAAGGCUUAUGUGCGUGGAACGAGCGACUUCUUCGGCGUGAACCAUUACUCGGGGGCCUUGACAUCAGGUUCACUGUAUACGAAUCAGUAUGCCGUGCCCUCGUCCAUGGAUGAUAUAGAAGUUGGGCAGGUCGCGUUAGAUGACUGGCUUCAGGGUGCCUCUCCUUGGCUGAAAAAAAUGCCCAACAGCCUAUACCACGCACUUAGACAGAUUAACGAGAGAUAUCCCGAUUACCCGAUCAUCGUGACCGAGAACGGCUGGUCGACCCGCGAGGGUAUCGAGGAUGACGAGCGCGUCGACUACUACAGAGACGCACUGGAAGACGUGCUCGACGCUCUGGACGAGGGCAUCGACGUUAGGGGAUACUACGCCUGGAGUCUCAUGGAUAACUUUGAGUGGCUGGCUGGUUAUACGGAACGUUUCGGCUUAUACGAAGUUGACUUUGAAGAUCCCGCACGCACUCGCACCCCGAGGAAAUCUGCAUUCAUCUACAAACAGAUUAUGAAGACGCGCAUGAUCGACCAUGAUUACGAACCAGAGAGCUAUGUCAUGACAAUCGACCCCGGACAUCACAACGCCAUGAAGAUACCUGUGUUAUUAUUGUGUUCUGUGGUAGCAGUAACAUGUGCAGUCGAGGUGAAGCGCAGCAGACGAUUCCCGAAACACUUCAUCUUCGGCACCAGCACCGCAGCUCAUCAAAUCGAGGGAGCAUGGGACGCAGAUGACAAAAGUGAGAGCAUCUGGGACUUCUUAGCUCACAACAAUCCAGGAGCCAUCUCAGACCAAAGCAAUGGUGACAUAGCGUGCGACUCGUACCACAAGUACAAGCGCGACGUGGAGAUGAUGAGAGAGCUGGGCAUCGACUCGUACCGCUUCUCGGUGGCGUGGUCGCGCAUCCUGCCCAACGGCCUGGCGGACCGCGUCAGCGAGGCCGGCAUCGCCUACUACAACAACGUCAUCGACGAAGUGCUCAAGUACAACAUUCAGCCGAUGAUCACGCUCUACCACUGGGACUUGCCGCAGAAGCUGCAGGACAUGGGCGGCUUCCUCAACCCUCUCAUCGUGGACUGGUUCGCAGACUACGCCCGAGUCGUGUUCGACAACUUCGGCGAUAGAGUCAAGACUUUUAUCACUUUCAACGAGGCGGCGCAAGUGUGUCGUGACGGUUAUGGUUCCGUAACGAAGGCGCCGAUGUUAAACAUUACGGAUGUUGGGGAGUUCAUUUGUGCGAAAAAUCUUAUUCUCGCUCACGCUAAAGCGUACCACGUGUACAAUGAUGAGUUCAAACCUGUACAGGGAGGGUCCUGUGGCUUCGCUAUAGCUGUAGGUGCUGCACAGCCCGUUACAGAUUCUGAAGAAGUUCUUCAUGCUGUAGAGUUAUUCAACCAGUUCCAGUGGGCGAUGUACACUGAUCCAAUAUUUUCGAAAGACGGAGGAUUUCCGAAAGAGCUCUUAGAACUUGUAGCUCAAAAGAGCGCUGCCCAGGGUUACCCAAGGACCAAGCUAUCUGACUUUACGGAAGAAGAGAAGGCACACAUACGUGGGACGAGCGACUUCUUCGGCGUGAACCACUACACAGGUGUCAUUGUAACAGGCUGGAAGCCUGCCGCGACCUCAUCCAUGGCGUAUGUUGAGAUCGGUCGAACUCAGGAUAAGGAUUGGCCUCAAGCUGUUUCAUACUGGUUGCGUCGAAUGCCUAAAAGCCUGUACAUUGCACUGAAUGAAAUACAAAAAAGGUACGGAGACAUACCUAUCUACAUCACCGAGAAUGGUUGGUCGACCCGCGAGGGUAUUGAGGAUGACGAGCGCGUCGACUACUACAGAGACGCGCUGGAAGACGUGCUCGAUGCUCUGGACGAGGGCAUCGACGUUAGGGGAUACUACGCCUGGAGUCUCAUGGACAACUUCGAGUGGCUGGCUGGUUACACAGAACGUUUCGGCUUAUACGAAGUUGACUUCGAAGAUCCCGCACGUACUCGCACCCCGAGGAAAUCAGCCUUCAUCUACAAACAGAUUAUGAAGACGCGCAUGAUCGACCAUGAUUACGAACCAGAGAGCUAUGUCAUGACAAUCGACCCCGGACAUUAGAACUAUUGUAUGAACAAGGAAAAUAUAAACUGACUGAAUGAU